AUGUCUAAUCAAGACACUAAUCCAAAUAAAUAUAGUGAAUUGCGAAGUACCUAUAAAUACUACAUCGAUUCAUAUAAUGUGCUGUAUCAGUUAAAAACUGAAAAUGAAGGAGAAUUAAACUCAAUUUACAAAAUGAUCAAAACAGAAUUGAUUGAUUCAAAGAAAUACCUUCCUCAAAAUAUAAUCAAAGAUAUUUUAUAUAUGAUUCAUUAUAAUAAUUGUUAUACAAAGUCAUAUUUAACUCUUGCCAAACUCAUAUAUGAUUAUUAUCAUGUCAAAUAUAUCCACGGUAUUAGACAUAUAUCAAAAUUCAUCUUUUAUAAAGAAUAUGGAAUUAAAUUAGACAAAUCUGAUGAUUAUGAAAAAAUUAAUAUCGCAUAUUACGAUAUUCAUUCAGAAAAUACAAUUUACAGAGCGAUUAUGUAUAAUGACAAAGAAAAAUUCAUCACAUUCACUGAAAGUGAAGAAUUUAAUAAAAAUCAAAUACUAUGCUGCAUAAAUUAUCCGUUGGGUUCCAUGCCAGGGUAUUCAUUACUUGAAUUAUGUUGUUAUCAUGGAGCUGUAGACUGUUUCAAGUUAUUAAGAACAAAAUUUAAUUCAGAAAUAACUGAAACAUGUCUGAUAUUUUCAUUUUUAUGA